GGCAUCAGGGAUUGGCUGCCUUUCCCCCCUUUUCUCAUUGUUUACAGUGCAGCGUUGCAGACCAAAAGAGAGAGAAAGAGAGAGAGAGCUGGAGCAGGUGUGAAUCAUUCGUAGCAGUGUGAGCAGGUGUUGAGUAUCAAGGUGAAGUGAACGUAAGGGAAUCAUGCAGGCUGCGUUCUGGACGACUGUGGGGCUGCUGUGUCUGACUGCUGGAUUUGGCUCCACUCAAAAGCCCCAGCCAUGCAGCUCUCCACCGCUGUAUACAGGAUCCAUGACUGUGGGAACCCAGGAUGAGCACCUGUGGGCGGUUGGCAGAUAUUCAUACGAUGUCGUCAACCAGAGAAUGCACCUGGGAGAGACGGGAACCUUAAACAACAAGACCUUCACCUACGACGCACUGAUGCUGUAUCAGGAGGGUAUUCUGUAUGAGAUCAACCAUCACAAUAAGACCUGCGUGAAGAAGCCCCUGAAGGCUGACUUCUACCCUAUGGAGGUGCCCAAGGGGGCAGAGUUCGUAAACCAGGUGGUGAUAGGAACCUUGUCUGGACCGGGAGAGGGUCUUCUGGUCAACAGCUGGUGGGGAGACAUGCCCGACAAGCAGAGCAAGUACUUUUUGUCCUUCACCGAGUUUGGCUGCUUUCCUGUCUCUGCUUUCUUCAAGUCAAAGAGCCUGGGUGGGAUGGUCAGUGUAAGCUACUACGACAAUGUACUGGGGGUGGAUCCUGGUGUCUUCGUUCCACCGCCAUUUUGCAAGGAUGCCAAACUUGAGGCGAACAAGGAUGGCAAGGAGACAAACUACUUCUCCUUCUUCAACUGAGAUUAGAUUAGAUUAGCAGAGGGAGUGGUGGAGUUGGAUGGUAGAUGGAUUUGUCAAGAUAGCUUGUGGCAGCUCAUCCCUGUGAGAGCAAAUAUGCAUUAAGAUGGCCUGGGGACCCUAGCCUACAGGUUGCUGUGCACUCAGAACUGGACUGGUAAUUUGGCAUGCAGGGCAUUUCCCGGUAGGCCAUUAACUACAUGAUUUGAUUCGUUUUUUAAAUUAUUUUCUUAGAGAUAGGGCCACAAUUUCAAAGGAGGCGCACAAAAAAUGCCUGGGCCUCUUUUUUUAUCCCAGCCAGUCGAGCCCGGGCCACUGCCAUGUAACUUGUCAUAUCCAUCAUCAUCCAUCCAUUUCCAUUGAAUAUUUUUUUUUGAUCAACAUAUUGCACUAAAUGAGACUAUACUUUACAGCUGACUGAAACAGAGGAAAUAUGACACGUAAUGUGGUCAAAUGCUUAGCAUCAUACUGUAAUAACAUCGGCCACAGCUGUUUUCUAAAAAAAAGCAAAGAAACAAAAAUUAUGGUCUGUGUAAAAGCACACUUGAAAUGUAUUCCGAAUCAGGUAAAAAAGUGGAAAUGAUAGAACAAACACAGAUCCAGCCACUAUUAAUGUACUGCGUUAUUUAAUCUUGAAGCACUUUGUAUGAUUGUAUUUUGAUUAAAUACUGCAAGGAAAUCUC